AUGUUGAAAAAUUACUGUCCAACUAAACGAACUAAACUUACGAGUUCAAGGUUCCCAACGAACGACCCUCAGCCACAAUCAUCACCCGCAACCCUAAUCAACACAAUAUUUUUUAAAAAAGCAGUCAAGGAGCCUAAAACCCACAAAAAUAAAUAUCAUUCCACUAAAGUGACUAAAGCAAUAGAUGUAAAUGAAUUUCCUGAGCUAACAACAAAAAAUGCUGAUCCCCAGAAUCCACCCAGAACUGUCAGUCAGUCAACAAAGUCAACAGUAAACCCCCGGAGGAAACACAUCAUCCAAUAUACGACAUAA